AUGAAGCAGCCCAGAGUGUCCAAACGCGAGCGCAAGCUCCAUCUGAGCUACGAGCUCCCGCACCGCAUUCACUCCUCCCUCCUCUACCCCAUCUCCGCCCCAAAUGGCUCCACGCUCAUCAUCUACGGCCACGACAGAGGUCUCAAGGCCCUCUGGAGAGGUGGACGGCGGCGCUGUGAGACCCCACGAGCAUCGGCACCCAGGACAAACGGCACGCAGCACACAGAUGUCAUUCUGAUCGACGACAGCGACGACGAGGGACACGCAGAUGAGCCAGUCGAGGACCAAUUCGAGAAGGAAGAAGAGGAGCUUGACCCAGACUGUCCAUACCCCAGCGCCAUUCAAGACCUCGACAUCCGCCUCGAUCGCAGCGUCCUCCAUGUCGCUGCACCACCACUCCAGACUUCCGCCCUUACACCAGCAAUACUGAAGAAAGUGGCAGUGGUCGCAAUCACAUCCAGUGAUGGAUCUGUCAGGCUACUGCAAAUACCAUUGUCACCUCCAUCAGACGAACAGAAAGGCCAGACAUUGCAAGACGUAUCCGACUCGAAAAUCGUGCUUCAUCCGUCUGGCGGUAUCAUCUCUGAUCUUUCGGCCAAAUAUUUGCCCAUCGACAACCAACCACUCACGGCCCCAAAGCGUCAGCAAGAAGAUGUCGAAGGUCACUUGCUGGUGGCUGCCGCUUCACGUGCUCUCAGCAUCUGGUCCAUCUCAGUCACAGCCGAUAAUCUGUUCGUUGAGGACCAAAGACCCACUCAUAAAGUCCAGCUCGCCAAUUCUCUGUGCAAGAUCUCAUUCCACCCAUCGACCCGCUCGGCGCAGCUGCUGGUGGGAGAUCGUCUCGGAGCUGCUCGAAUCUACGACCCAUAUGCAUUCCGAACACCACAAAAGCGACCAGACUCGAGCGGUUCAGCAACUGAGCCCAACCCAAAUCUCGGCGAUCCAGGCAUCUGGAUCAUGACGUACCACACCACAUUCGCUCUUCCCAAGGACGGAUCUCUGCCAGCUGCACUGACUCGUCGCAAGAGGCUUCUUGAUGCGAAGUGGGUGCUAGGAGGCAAGGGCAUUCUAGCGCUGCUAGAAGACAGCCAGUGGGGGGUGUGGGAUGUGAGUGGCACUUCGAGGCCUGCGAGACUCGUGGAGGCCUUUGCCAUUGACGGGUUCCUCACAUCGCCGAGCGCCAAUGAGCCUGUCGAGCCCGUACGCCCCAAGCGAGGAAGCUCAAAACUCGCACCUAUGACACCAAACACGCGAAAGUCCAAGUCGGAACAGUUCUACAGCGGCGACUCCAAGUCGAAGCUUUCGGAGGCGGUUGCCAAAGGUGGCAUCUCUGUCGCAACGAAUCACCCACGAAGCGGACAGUCUGAUGAGAGCGUCAUCCUAUGGCACAACAGCGAUGUCUAUACUAUCCCGAGCAUGCAAUCAUUCUGGCAGCGAAGUACCACGAGCGGCGGUAUUGGCUCGCUCUACGCACCAGGUAUCUCACACGUCACUGAACUCGACCCCAUGCACGAGAUCAUAUCCUCCAUCUCACUCUUCGCUACAAAGUCGUCCAGUGCAGGAAUCGGCGCCAUGAACACUCAGCGGGACUUGCUCGUGUCGACAGAGUACCACAUAAUUGUCUUGCAACAGCUACGUGCACAGACCACAGCACGCUCACUCUUCCAGGCUGCCGAGCGCCCAGCGUCUCGCGACCAGCAAAUGCUAGAUGCUGGGGCUCUCGACCUAGCUGGAAUGGAUCGCGUACUCGAUGGCAUGGCAGCAGGCGGUGGACCUGCGAGGAAAGUCGGCUUCGCGACUUGA